AUGACGGUAUACAACGCCGGCGACUCCAAAGGCGGAGCGAGAUACGUUGCCAUGAAGCACGUAUUUCCUGUAGAAGAUUACCAAGAGAAAAUAUCAAGACGACUCGUUGAAGCUGCACAUGCUAAUGAUCAGAAAACAGCGUUUGAGUGCUUGGCAGAUCCUUUUGUCGAUGUUAACUUUGUUGGGACCGUGUGUUUGAGUUCUAAGAAGUCGGAAAUCAUGUUACAUGAUGAGUCUCCUAGUGAGGUUCUGAUCGAGUUUGAAGAGUUUAAUACGGAUGUUACUGCUCUCUUUUUGGCUGCCCAUGCUGGAAACGUGUCACUAGUUAGAAAGCUCCUGAGUGUUGGAGCAAAUGUAAACAAGAAAUUGUUCCGUGGCUACGCGACCACAGCAGCGGCUAGGGGAAACCAUGUUGAGAUACUAGAGUUGUUACUAGAAGGUGGAGCUUUUCAGCUCGCGUGUGAGGAGGCUUUGCUUGAAUCUAGCCAACUCGGUUUACCCAGACCGGCUAAAAUUCUGAUGGCAUCUGAGCUCAUUCGACCUAACAUUGCAGUUCAUUCUUUAGUUAAUGCAUCGUGCAGAGGAUUUGUUGAUGUUGUCGACACACUUAUGAAGUGUGGAGUAGACAUGAAUGGAACAGCCCGACUUUUGCUUCGGUCAUCCAAGCCCUUUUUACAUGCCAACGUUAGUUGUAAUGCCCUUGUUGCUGCCACAGUUAAUAGGCAUAUCUCUGUUGUUCGGCUUCUUCUACAGGCUGGUGCAAGAACAGACACCAAGGUUAGCCUAGGAGCAUGGUCAUGGGAUAUGACCACAGGAGAAGAAUUUCGAGUAGGUGCUGGACUAGCCGAGCCAUACGAUAUUACAUGGUGUGCUGUUGAGUAUUUUGAAGAAACGGGCACAAUUUUGAACAUGCUUCUUCAAUACAGCUCCCCAAAUGUUUCUCAUUUCGGCAGAACAAUUAUCCACCAUGCCAUCCUUUGUGGAAACCUAAAAGCAGUUGAGGUUUUGUUAAAGUCCGGUGCUGACCCCGAGCUCCUGAUUCCAACCACCCAAGGGAAUGGGUUCCGGUUAGUUCAUUUGGCUGCGCGGUUAGGUUAUUAUGGUGUGCUGAACCACCUAAUUAACUCGGGUUGUAAUUUUGACUCGAGAACAGAAUCAGGGGAAACUGCAUUGAUGAUUUGUGCACGGUAUAAACAUGUUGACUGUCUUAAGCUUCUAGCUGCGUCUGGUGCUGAUUUCGGUUUGGUUAAUACUGCUAACCAGUGUGUUCAGUCGGUUGCUAGUUCGGCUAGAUGGACACUUGGGUUAAGACAAGCUAUUUUAGACGUGGUUCGAACUGGGAAGGUUCUUUUUUCAAGUGACACUUCAAUAUUUUCAACUUUGAUGUUUGUUACACGAGUAAAUGAUAUUGAAUCUUUGAAAAAGAUUGUUGAUAAACCGGGUUUAGUUGACCUUGAUGAACAAGAUGAAAAUGGGUACUCGGCUGUUAUGGUUGCUGCUACAAAUGGUCAUGUGGAGGCCUUUCGGCUGCUUGUUUAUGCUGGAGCAAAUGUUAACCUUCAAAACAAGUAUAACGAAACCGCAAUUAGUUUAUCAGGAGCAAAUGUAGAUUGUGGUGCCUUUGAAAAAGUUUUACAAGAAUAUGCACUUACUAAAGGUACCCCUACCUCAUGUAACAAUACAUUUUACACCCUCCAUCGUGCGGUAUUGAAAGGCAAUUUUGAUGCUGUACAAACGUUAACAAAUGGUGAAAAUGACAUAAAUGCCCCUGAUGGUGACGGAUACACGCCACUUAUGUUAGCCGCACGAGAAGGUCACGGGAGAAUAUGUGAGCUUUUGAUCUCAAAAGGCGCCACUUGUGACAUUGAGAAUGCGAGGCAUGAAACAGCCCUAAAGUUAUCACGUGCACACGCUGGUGGAAAUGAUGCUGAAGGAGUCUUAUUAGACCAUUUGGCUCGCGGGCUGGUGUUAACUGGGGGUCGGGUCAAGAAGCAUUGUAAAGCGGGUAAAGGGUGCCCACAUAACAAAAGGUUAGUUAUGGUUGAAGGGAGUGGGUUAUUGAGGUGGGGGAAAUCGAGUAGGCGGAACGUGGUGUGUAAAUGGGCUGAGGUGGGCCCAAGCUCUUCGUUUAGGUGGAACCGGAGGAAGAAAAACGACUGUGACGAGGCUGGCUUGUUUCGGGUGGUUACUACGAAGAAUAAGGAAGUACAUUUUGUGUGUGAGGGUGGUGUUGAGAUGGCCGAGUUAUGGGUUAGGGGGAUUAAAAUUGUGACACGAGAAGCUAUCUUUGGGAAGUGA